CCCAUGGGGAGUCCCGGGGGCGCGGCCUGGUUCCUGCCGCCGGUCCUGCUGCUCAUGGCCUUGUCUGCCAACGCGGGAACUGGCGGUGCCUCCCUGCCCCGCCGGGCCACCUUCUGUCUCCUGGUCUCCCGCUCGACUCCACACCUUCAGGCGAUCAGCGCGUUGGGAACGCCUUCCCACGUUCUUUGCCAUCAACAGUCCACCCUCCUCUCCUCACAGGUCGGCUGUGCCCGGGUCAGGCACCUUCUCUGCCAGCUGUGCCUGCGGUGGGUGGCAGGCCCUUCAGGCCUUCCGUGGGUCUCGCUCCGUCUGCUGGUGCGGAAAUCCAAAAAGUCAUACAGGCUCAAGUUCUGUAGGAGACACAAGAUGCCAGCAUCUGCUCAGAGGAAGCUUCUGGGUAGCUGUUGCCUUUAUGGCAAGGAUCCCAACUCCGGCCGCUCCCCAGGAAUCCCCUACACAGGGCUGCGCUUUAAAAGGACCCAACCUUCGGACCCAGAAGCAAAGGAAGGUCUUCCCAGAUGGGACUCACAGGGACAUGGAAGGCCUGAGUUCUCCUUCGAUGUGCUGCCUGAGACACGAGUUGUGCGAGUGACCAUUCCUCCAGGCCCUGAGGUCAGCGUGCGGCUCUGUCACCAGUGGGCGCUGGUGUGUGAACAGCUGAGCGCACCCUUUGACACUCAGGAAAUUGUAUCCGGGGGCCACCCUGUAGAGCUGCCAUUUGAAUUCCUUCUGCCCUGUCUGUGCAUAGAGGCGUCCUACCUGCAAGAGGACACCGUGAGGCAUAAAAAAUGCCCCUUCCAGAGCCGGCCUGAAGCAUAUGGCUCGGACUUCUGGAAGUCAGUGCGCUUUACUGACCAGAGCCAGCACACCCAGAUGGCCAUGGCCCUGACACUUCGCUGCCCACUGAAGCCAGAGGCCUCCCUCUGCCAGAGACAGGGUGAGCACAUCCUCUGUGAAGACCUCCCCAAUGCCACGGCUCAAGAGUCAGAUGGGUGGUAUGUUCUGGAGAAGGUGGACCUGCACCCCCAUCUCUGCUUCAAGUUCUCUUUUGCCAACAGCAGCCACGUUGAAUGCCCGCACAGAACUGUCCCAUCCUGGAACGUGAGCAUGGACACCCAGGCCCGGCAGCUGAUCCUUCACUUCUCCUCAAGGACACCUGCCACCUUCAGCGCCGCCUGGAGCCCCCAGGGUUUGGGGCAGGACAGCUGGGUGCCCCCUGUGUACAGUAUCAGCCAGACCCAGGGUGCGAGUUCCCUGAUUCUGGACCUCAUCAUUCCUUUCCUGAGACCAGGGGAUUGUGUCCUGGUGUGGCGCUCAGAUGUCCAGUUCUCCUGGAAACAUUUCUUGUGCCCGGAUGUGUCCCAUAGGCACCUGGGGCUCUUGAUCCUGGGAGCACUGGCCCUCACCACGCUGCUGGGCAUUGUUCUGGCCCUUGUGCACCGGCGCCCACUGUCUGGUCCCGGCCGAGCGCGGCCCGUGCUGCUGCUGCACGCGGCGGACUCGGAGGUGCAGCGGCGCCUGGUGGGCGCCCUGGCGGAACUGCUACGCGCCGCGCUGGGCGGCGGGUGCCGCGUAGUGGUGGACCUGUGGGAAGGGGCGCGCGUGAUUUACUGA